AUGGAUGAAGCACUGCUGCAGGACGUGAGUGACCCGUCAGAUUGGACCGGCAGCUGGUCGGAGCUGCGUCACUUGGAUAUGACGCUUCGAUGCGGCUUGUGCUUUGAUAUUUUUCGUGCACCUGUGGCUUUUCGUGAAUGCGCGCAUGUAUAUUGCUCUUCUUGUAUACGCAUGCACAUCAACCAGCCAGGUGGCGCGGGAGCAUUUUGUCCAAAUUGUCGCCAGAAAAAGGCGUAUGACUCUGAACUUGUAGUCCAACCUGUUCUCGAAGCGGCUUCAAACCACUGGCGACAUACUCGGUCUUUUCUCAUGAAACAGUGGCAAAAGAUGCAGGAGCUCGAGUCCAAGAGGUCUGAAAUGAAAGGUGCUGAAGCGAAUGGUGAGCCUCAUGAAAUCUUGGCAAGAUCUCGCAAGCGCGUGCGUGGAACGCCUGAUGAAGACCAGGACUAUCGUGCAUUGGAUGCAGGUACGAUUGUACAAUGUCCUAUCUGCCAACGCGAAUUCGAUGCAAUCGCAAUAAAUGCGCAUUUAGAUCGAGGGUGCGGGACAGAAGACCCAGGACCUCCCACCAUGGACCAUUGGCUUCGUGCGUCAUCACCUGUAACGCACUCACCCGAAAAGCGACUCACUCGCCCGCAGUACCAAUUAAAAACGGAGCGUGAUAUGCGCAAACUUCUUGAAGCACUCCAGCUUCCGACGAGUGGUAACAAGGACCGCAUGGUCGAGCGGCAUCGACAUUGGGUAAACCUGUACAAUGCAAAUCUUGAUGCGGCACCCGCUCUCAGAGCCUCUUUACCAUCCCUUCGAAAGCAACUUAUGCAAUGGGAGCGUUCGCACGGUGAAAUGACGGCAAAAAAUGUGCCGACAGAAAAGCAAGCAAAGGCAUGGCUUAAAGCGAAUCAGCAUGCCUAUACGGACUUGAUAGCUCAGGCCCGAUCAACGUUGCCAUCCAAUAUAUCCGAGCAUGCCAAGAACAGCGAAAAGUAA